UCCUGCAUAAUGCAUCGAGGAAGUUAUGGUAUGCACAUGAUUCUCUACUUUAAUUCUCAGUAAAAACAUCAUAGAUGGUAUUUCUCUGCGGGACUUCAUGGAUUUGGUUCACUGAGGGCCAUCUGAAGAACUGACAUGGCAGUGCCAAAUAUGGUGUUCUCUGACGUGGAAAGUUUUCUGGACUCGCAUCCUGAGUUAUUUGAGGACUACCUGAACAGAAAGGGGAAUUAUAGCAUGGUGGAGAAAUGGCUCAAGAAUCAUCAGGCGAGCAAAAGUCCGGCGGCUGCAGCUCGCGCCGAGCCGAGAGAGGAGAAGAGCAACGCGUGCAAGGACAGCUGGGCAAGCAAAUGCGAUGGUCUGCAAAGGAGAGCCUCGCAGAAGGAGCUGCGCAAAACUUUCGCCAGAUCAAAGGCCAUUAAUGUCAACAGGACAUACGACGAACAUGUUAAUUCCAGGGCCCAGGAGCCCCUGACGAGCAUGAGGAGGAGAGCUCUGCUGAGGAAAGCGAGCUCUCUGCCCCCGACCACUGCGCACAUACUGAGCGCACUGCUGGAGUCCAGAGUCAACAUCCCCCAGUACCCGUCCACAGCAGUGGAUUUUAAAUAUUACCUCAAACAACACAAUGAAAGAGAGUUCUUCCUGGAGCUUGUCAAAGACAUAUCUAACGACCUGGAUCUAACGAGUCUGAGCUACAAAAUCCUUGUGUUUGUUUGUAUUAUGGUCGAUGCAGACCGGUGCUCCUUGUUUUUAGUGGAGGGAACGGGCAAUAAGAAGACACUAGUGUCCAAAUUCUUUGACGUGCACGCGGGUACCACAGUUUUACCCUCAAAGAAUUCAGAUGAAGUUCAAGUGCCGUGGGGGAAAGGAAUCAUUGGAUAUGUGGCUGAACACGGAGAGACAGACAUUCCUGACGCUUAUCAGGAUCGUCGGUUCAGUGAUGAAAUUGACAAACUGACAGGGUACAAAACCAAGUCACUCUUGUGCAUGCCCAUUCGCAACAGUGACGGAGAGAUCAUUGGAGUUGCUCAGGCCAUCAACAAGUCCUCAAGUGGCGAUCUCUUCACUGAAGAUGAUGAAAAGGUGCUGCAGAUGUACCUGCCCUUCUGUGGUAUUGCCAUCUCCAAUGCUCAACUCUGCGCCUCAAGGAAGGAGUAUGACAGGAGCCGGGCACUCUUGGAGGUCGUCAAUGACCUGUUUGAAGAGCAGACUGACCUGGAGAAGAUUGUCAGGAAGAUCAUGCACCGGGCCCAGACAUUGCUAAAGUGCGAGCGCUGCUCUGUUCAGUUGCUGGAGGACAUUGAGUCACCGGUGGUGAAGUUUACCAAGUCAUUUGAGCUAUUGUCCCCUAAGUGUAGUGCAGACACUGAAAGCAGUUUCAAAGACAGUAUGGAGAAAUCGUCUUACUCCGACUGGCUCAUCAACAACAGUAUUGCAGAGCUAGUAGCAUCCACAGGACUACCCGUGAACAUUAGUGAUGCCUAUCAGGAUCCUCGCUUUGAUGCUGAGGCAGACCAGUUCUCAGACUUCCACAUCCGCUCCGUACUUUGUGUUCCCAUAUGGAACAGCAACCACCAAAUCAUAGGUGUCGCCCAAGUGCUGAACAGGCUCGAUGGGCAACCCUUCGAUGACGCAGACCAGCGUCUCUUCGAGGCGUUUGUGAUCUUUUGCGGACUGGGCAUCAACAACACCAUCAUGUACGACCAGGUGAAGAAGUCCUGGGCCAAGCAGUCUGUGGCUUUGGAUGUUCUUUCUUACCAUGCCACUUGCUCCAAGACUGAAGUUGACAAAUUCAAGGUAACAGAUAUUCAAUAUGUCUCUCAGUGCUUACAGUAG